AAAAUAUCUUAUGCGAGCGCUUUGGACACGCUUCCUUUGUUUUGAAUGUCUAAAGCUUUAAUUAUCCAGUGUAAUCCCACAAAAGACAGUAAAAAAAAAAACAGGAAAGGUUAAAGGGUCAUCCAAGGGAUCAACUUUUGUUUAAGAAGUGUAAAGGACGCGGGUCAAACGGGCAAAAUGGUUUACUGUUUUGCUCCUACAUGUGGCCAUUCGUCGGAGGGCAACACUUGCAAGUUCUUCGCUUUUCCAAGCGCUACAAAGCAGAACGACGAGUACAAGAGAUGGAUUCGACUCAUAAGAAGAGAAGAUCGAGAGCCCAGCAAGUACUCAAGAGUAUGUAGCUGCCAUUUUAGGAAUGGUCAGAAAGCCAAUGGUCCUGAAGUGUUUGAACGCAAUAAGCAUAAGUUAUUUACUGAACAAAGGGGUCCACCGCCGAAGAAAAUAAAGAAUACUGAAUCAAAGGUAGAGUCUCUUUCACAGAUGAUAGAAUUUGCCCGAAAAAAUGAACAGCCAUUAGUAGCUGACACAGAAGAAAACCUGCAAACAACACAGGAGAUUAUCCUGGAAGCAGAGCUUGACUUUGCCAACAGGGAGCUAAAGGAACUUAACCAAACUGUCCAGUAUAAGAGGAACAAGUACACUGUGUCUGCGCUUGAGGGAGAUGCUGAAGUCCUGGCAUAG